AUGCCCUACCAGGCGCCUGCUCUUUCUGGUCCGCCAAUUGAUGAUCCUUCACUUGCGCUAUUCAACGGCCAGCCAUUAAAUGGUCCGCCCAUUGAUGAUCCUUCACUUGCGCUAUUCAACGGCCAGCCAUUAAAUGGUCCGCCCAUUGAUGAUCAUUCGCUUGUGCUCUUCGACAUGCUCUACCAGGCUUCUGCUCUUUCUGGUCCGCCAAUUGAUGAUCCCUCACUUGCGCUCUUCAACGGCCAGCCUUUAAAUGGUCCACCCAUUGAUGAUCCUUCACUUGCGCUAUUCAACGGCCAGCCAUUAAAUGGUCCGCCCAUUGAUGAUCCUUCACUUGUGCUCUUCGACAUGCCCUACCAUGCUUCCGCUCUUUCUGGUCUGCCAUUUGACGAUCCUUCGCAACAAUCAAAUAUUCCCUAG